GUCGAAGCGAGAGGCUGUCAUGUUGGAGAGAGUGAAGCCUCUGCUGGCUUUAGCCAGAUCCUACGACCCUGGAGGGCAGCAGGUGGCCUCCUGGGCUCUGCUGCACCUCACACACUCAGAUUGGUCCAGGAGGCUGCUGGGUGAGGCGGGGGGUUUCCCGGUUCUGGUUCUGCUGCUGCAGGGCUCAGACUCAGAGGUCCAGUUCUACAGCUGCUCCGCCCUCUGCAACAUCUCUUCUGCUCGGGAGCUCCACCCGAAGCUGCUGAGCAUGGGGAGUCACUUCCUGUUGAAGUCCCUGCUGACGCUCACCUCCUCCUAACAACUCGAUGCAGGCGUGCAGAUGCCUUCAGACUCUCUCACAGAAUGGUAAAUAUUUUCCCAUUACACUUUGCUGAUGCUUUUA